CUACCCGCUUGGAUCUUCAGUUAAUCACGCUGGACCAGUCUGUAAAUCCUCUGGACUGUUAACAUCACGAAUUCAUGACGACCAGACAGAAAACACAGCGCGGCCACAAAUUCCUGCCAACAAGCCAAAAGAGUUCAGUACAAAACCCAGAGUUCCUCUUGCUGCGGAAGGUGUGGGCUGUCAUGGACAUAAAUGAGUUACCUGGGCGUGUCGUUUACACGCAGGUAAAAGUUUCGACACUCUUUUCUUGCGCUAUCCAGUUUGUUGACACUCUGUACUAUUUAAGUUCUAAGUUUUAACAUGAGGACAAAGGAAUAAGACUGGAAAAAAGGAAAUAAAUGAGGAUAAUAGUGCAGCAGAUGAACAAAAACAAAGUCUGAAUGCAUCACCCUACAUGACAUCAUUUUGAACUAGUCUCUCCAGGACAACGGCUGCACCGCAGUCCCAUAAAAACAUUGGUUUAAAAACAUCUUAUAUUUCAUUACGAGGCUUUAAUCCUGCCAGUAUGUGUAACUGAGACCAUGACUGCAUCCCAAACCUUCUGAGAGGUUCAUGUCAAAAGAUGCAACCAGGAGGUCCUCCCGCUCCACCACCACCUCCGCCACCACCGCCUCCACCGCCUCCACCGCCUCCACCACCUCCUCCACCUCCAGCCCCUGGCCUCCCUCCAUCCCUAAAUGGCCCGGGUCUCUUUGCCAAAGGUGAGCGCCGGCGCUCCAGGAUGCGCAAUUUCAACUGGGAAACCAUUCCCAAACACAGCGUGAUAGGAAAGCACAACAUCUGGACAGCAGAUAAACCUGAUGGGGAAUAUGAGCUGGACACUGAUCACAUGGAGGAGCUGUUCAGCCACAAGCAGGGCCAACAACAACUCAAGGCCCUGAAACGCCAAAGUCUGAGGGGCAUGCCAACUGCUGCCUCAGGAGGGGAAAUGGUUUCCAUCCUCAGCUCCAAGCAGAGUAUGAACAUUGGAAUUUUCCUAAAGCAAUUCAAGCGGCCUGUAAGAGACAUGAUUGAAGAUAUUAAAUCAGGAAGCAGUCUCAGUUUUGGUUCCGGAAAACUGAGGGAGCUGUGCAAGCUUCUGCCAGAUGACGGGGAGGUGAAACAACUGCUGAGUUUUAAGGGUGAGCGCUCCGCACUCCCUGAUGCAGAUUUGUUUAUGCUAAUGCUGGUCAAUAUUCCCAGUUAUGAAGCGCGUGUCAGCAGUUUGGUUCUGAAAGAGGAAUUUUUCCCCUUAAUGGAUGAAAUGAAAGAAUUCAUUGGCACUCUGACAGCUGCUGGAGAGGAACUGUUGAAUUCUGAACAUCUCCAUUCUGUCAUUCGCCUGGUACUGAAGACUGGAAAUUACAUGAAUGCUGGUGGCUAUGCUGGCAGUGCAAUUGGCUUCCGAAUGGCUUCUCUGCUGAAGUUAGUGGAUACCAAAGCAAAUAAACCUGGGAUGAAUCUUAUGCAUUAUGUUGUGAUGCAAGCGCAGAAUGCUGAUGUGGCCCUGCUUAAAUUUCCAGAACAACUCACACACAUUGAAGCUGCAGCAAGAAUAUAUAAAUGUGACAUUGAAGCAGAGUUUGAAAGACAGUCAAAGAAAGUGCAACAUGCCAAAGCUGACACCUUGAAGCAGGAAGACCUAAAGGCUCAGAUGGAGGAUUUUCUAAAGGAGGCUGAGGUCUGCUUGGCAGAAAUAGAGACUGAUCUUCAGGAACUGCAGUCAGUGAGUGACACUGUGGCAGAGUACUUUUGUGAAGACCCCAGCAAGUUCAAACUGGAGGAGUGUUGCUCCAUUUUCAAGUCUUUCUGUGAGAAAUUUAUGCGAGCCAUCCAGGAAAACAAGGCCCGAGAGAUGGCAGAGUUGAAGCGAAGACACAGAGACAGAUUGCAGAAUGCUGCCAAGCGUAGGUCCACAGCUACCUGCUCCAGUAGAGACAAAGAAAUGGAUGGUAUUGCAUUAGAGUCCAUGCUGCAGAACUUCCUUACCAAUCGUGUCUCUAGGAGACGAUCGGGACGGCCCUCGUCCACUUAUGGAAGCCCGACGAGUGGUAGUCCCAACAAUGGGAGCCUAUCAGAGAUUAUAUCUCAGGCUAAUCUCCUCACUGGUCAAAUCAAAAAUCAAAAUAGAGGAGGCUCUCUUAAGGCUAUGGAGAUGGGCAGAAAAGAGUGGAAUUCAGCAGAUGAACUCACAGAGAACUCUUCACACAAGAACACCCAGUCUAAUAGCGAAGACAACAAGGCAAAAGGUGGCAUCUUACAUGGAGAGGAGAUGAAAACUCCUGGAAAAGAGGACACUAGUGGGUUAACACGCCCAGCCAAUAGGAUCCCCAGCACUUCCUUCACAGGUAGAGCUUUCUCAGUCACCACUGAGGAUGAUGAGGAAGAUCUACAGGACAAUAAUGAGGCGGAGGCCCUAAAGUUGCGUGAAGCAUCAAAGAAGGUUUUGCGCUAUCAGAACAGCCGCAGCAGUGUCUCAUCUGGGGAGUAUUCUCUGGAAAAUCAGAAAUCUCCUGGUGCAAGAAGUGGCUUGCCUCGUCAGCGCACCUUCGAUGAGGCGACACAGAGAUAUCCUGGAGACCCAACCGAUGAGGACUUGGUUCGAUUUUUGCUCAAUCCUCAGUCCCCCUCAAAACGUAACCUUGGUCGCCGCCAUACUCUACCCACUAAAGUCCCUAAAACAGAGGAGGAGGAAGACAAUCUGUGGGUUAAGCCUACAGGUAGAACUCCUAAUCCUGCGGCAAGAGAUACAGGGAUACUACAAGCAGAGGGUGCUGGACACAACUCAAAUCAAGUGUUUGAUUUUACUGACCUCUCUCACGACUUUAAAGAAUUGGGUGCCUCAGAUCAGAAUUCUCCAUCGGCAAAAGGGAAAAGCAAGCCAAAUGUUUCUCUAACCCAUGCUCCAGCAGAUGAUGGGCUUGGGGAGCAAAACCAAGAAGGCAAAUCAGCAGAGCCCACAGGCACCCACAACCACCUGCAGAGAAAUAGUGAAAAUAUUCCCCCCAAGAGUACGUGGAGUAAGACUGAGACCUCUGGAAUAUUUUUUAGCUUUUUCAAACGCCUUGGAGAUAUGAGCAAACUACAGAACAGUAAGGAAACUGUCCAUAAGGGUACUGGUUCUGGUGUUUAGUCUUUGAAAGUUUUAAAAUCAGGAAUGUGUACAUGUAACUUUAGUGUUAUUUGUAAUCACUCAUAGUUCUCUGUGAGUUCAUCUGCUGAGUGUUGUUAUCUUUUUACACGUGUAAGUUGAUACUGAGGUUAUGAAGAGACUGCGAAGGUUCUAGGAAUGUGUUUGAGGAAUGUUUUUGUUGAGGAAAGGCCAUUAUGUAUGUUGUACCACUAGAUGGCAGAAUAUAACAGUAAUAUGGUAAACUGUUGCUCAGAAAGUAGGGGUGUUGCUGAUUUCCAGGCCAUCUGUAUAUUAUCUACUAAACAAAAGAACGAUGGGCACUCUCAGUGUAAACCAUUGUUUUCUUAAUUUUUAUCCAUGCGUAAUAAUAUUGCUUUGACAAUAUGAUACUGUCCUCAUCAAAUGUUAAUGUCUGUUAAAACUUGAGUGUUACAGUGAGUGCUCUUUGUUUGGAUUAAAAUGCAUAACCCUGCAGAAUGUAUUGAGAAAAUACAAAGAAUGUUGAGUGUAAGAGAGUAUAGAGAAAGUCUAUUAAAAUCUUGUUUUGACUGUUA